GAAUGAGAUUGGUGCACCUUACAACACUGCAUGCAAACAAGAUGAAAAGCAUCAUCUUUAUUUUCGCUGCAGUCCAGAUUUUCUACUGCUCUGCACAAACAUGUGGAGAGACAGCCUCUCCAGAGGCAGAGCUGGCACUAAAUGCCACAAUCACAAGGGCGAAUGAAGAAUAUGCAAUCAGUAACAUCUUUGCUGUGCAAUCGUGUGAGGUUGUACAGACCAUUCCUCUAACAAAUGGCUUUUCCCUGCUGGACAUAGCUAUUAGUGUCCAGGAAACUGAAUGUGCUAAGAAUUCUACUUUGGACCUGGCAGAGUGUCCUCUGAAACCCAUCUCAGAUGCUGAGACUGCUGAUUGUACAGGCCGAGUCCUAAUCGAAGAGGACAGAGUUCGUAGUGUCAUUAUUAAUUGCGCAAAUACCACAGCAACAGACCAACUUGAUACAUCAACUGCCACACCAACAACAACAGGCACUGCACUAAACCCAUCCAGUACCUCAGCAAAUACAUCAGCUACCACACCAACAACAACAGGCACUGCACUAAACCCAUCCAGUACCUCAGCAAAUACAUCAGCUACCACACCAACAACAACAGGCACUGCACUAAACCCAUCCAGUACCUCAGCAAAUACAUCAGCUACCACACCAACAACAACAGGCACUGCACUAAACCCAUCCAGUACCUCAGCAAAUACAUCAGCUACCACACCAACAACAACAGGCACUGCACUAAACCCAUCCAGUACCUCAGCAAAUACAUCAGCUACCACACCAACAACUAGACAAACCUCAACAGUGAAUAUGACAUCAACAACGAGGAUGACAACAACAACAACAACAACAACAACAAGAAAUCGAUCAUCGUCAUCAUCCUCUGAAAGUAGUGAAUCAUCAGAAAGAUGUUCAAGAAGGUUUGGCUGGAGAAGAUAUUGGAACUGCAGGAGGAGACGAGAUUGGAGAAGGGGCAAUAGGAGGAGGUGGAGUCCUCACUACAAUAGAAGACAACUGAUCAGUCCAUAUAGGAGUACUUAUGCUACAAAUACAGCUUACAAGGCAGAGGAAAAUGGAGAGUAAAAUGAAGGCUUGAUUUUAUAGUAAAACCAAUGGAUGAAGAUACGAAGACAAAUAGAAUUAGUCCAUAUGAAUAAAAUUAUUGGUCAUAAAAACGUAAAUUUACACAUAAUGUUUCAUUUUUAAUUACAAGUAGUGUGCUAUUAAAUCAUUAGUAUUUUAUGCAAUAGCUUUCAAUGGAAUUUACAAAGUUCUUGUUGUUCAUUGAUGUGCAAACUAAUUAGUUUGAGCUAUUUUCUAUUCCUAAUGUCCUUGAAUAAGAAGUAGAAUCAUAUUAUUGGGUUUAGCUAUGUCUGUCUUCAGGGCAUAGCUGCCUGGUGGUGAGCAUUCCUUAAUGAAAGCACGUAAUUUGUGAAAUUGGACCAGACUCCUUCAUGUGUUGGGCGCGUGGCCAAGUGGUUAAGGCAUUCAUCUAGUAAUCUGAAGGUCGCUAGUUCGAGCCUCAGCUGUGACAGCGUGUUUGUGUCCUUGAGCAAGGACCUUAACCACAUAAGGCGCCUCACACAGACUUCCAAUCUGCGCUUUGUAAGGCAUGAAAACGCCUGACGCAGGCCUCUCAUGGUCUGAGUCGACGUUCCCUUCCCCUUCCCUUCCAUUCAUGAGAGAUUCAUGUAAACAUUACUGACAUCUUCCUCUCAUUAAUGGUACAGUAUAACAUUCAUUUCCAUCCACGUUGCCAUCAACUGUAGGAUGUUUUGUAUUACGGUCAUGGAACAGGCUCAGAAGAACUAGGAACACUUCACUCUAGGUUAUUGGUUUUUCUGCUCUUUAUAUAAAAUUUCCACAGUUAGAGAACUUUAGAGUGCAUUUUUCUGCUGGGAUAUUCACUCGCAUUUCUGCUGGGAUAGUCAUCUCUCACUCCUCUGCAGCCUCUGUCAUUUCCUUUUAAUAAAGAAUUUGUUGUUUCUGUCCAUCGGCCAUUGAAGUGUCUUCUCUGAAUGAUGCACAGCAAGAUGUAGGGAUGUGUAAAAUUGGGUGAAGUCCAAUCAGGAACAGUUCAUAUCAUGCGUCUGCAUCUUUCUGGAUGGAAACUGCCCUAUAGCAGCUUGAAAUCAAAAUAUUUUCCAGUUUGCUUGCAUAGAAUAUAAUUUGGUGUUGGUGAUUAAUGCAAGAAUGUUUGAAAUGCCAAAAAUAGAGGUAUAAUCCAUUGUUUGUUGAGAGAUUAAACAUCUGAUCCCUGGGUUCAGCAAAUAAAGGUGACAA